AAGAUCCCUGCUAAAGAAGCCAAUAAUGAAAUUCCACGUAGCCUAAACGAUUACUCUCGUGUGUACGCCACGUACUACGAUUGUCUAGUUUUCUGGUGCUUCAAUUACCGUGGCUUCUGGGGUUUAGCGAGAGAGCUAGAGCUCUCUCAACAAUGGCUUCUCCAUCACCAUGGAGCUGGUCGAGGAAGGCUAUAAACAGCCAUCAUUCCACCAUAUUUUGUUUCCCUCUAUAUCACUGUAGAACUCGUCUAACCACGUUCACCUCCUUCGACUCUUCUUCGUCGUCGUCUUCUUCUUCCUGUUCUUCUUCUUUUUGGUCUUGUACUCCUACUCCUAACUCUACGAAGAGGCUCAAGCAAUCUGUAAACCUUGUGAGGUCGCCUGAUAAAGCUCUGCCACUUCUAAGAGACCAGGAUUUUUCGAGUUCUAAAUCUAUCGCCUUAGAAGUUAAUUCAGAGAAUGUAGUUUCUUCUAGUCCAAUUCGAUCCCGAUAUAAACGAAAGUUAAGUUUCAAAUCAUUGUUCGGAAGGCGAUCGUUGUGGCGGAGGAUCUUUUUCGCUUCGAGAAAAGUCAGGAGCAUCAUUUUGCUCAAUGUUCUCACUAUUAUUUACGCUAGUAAUAUUCCAGUUGUGAAAGAGGUUGAAGCGAUAACAGACCCAGCGCUAUUCACUGUUGUGCGUUUCGCUGUGUCAGCCAUUCCAUUUAUACCAUUUGUAUUCCAAGCACGGGGUGAUGCUCGGACCCGUAAUGCAGGGAUCGAGCUCGGUUUAUGGGUCAGUUUAGGAUACCUUAUGCAGGCACUUGGACUGCUUACAUCUGAUGCUGGACGGGCAUCAUUUAUUUCUGCAUUAACUGUAAUUGUGGUUCCCUUUCUGGAUGGUUUGCUAGGAGCAACGGUGUCUUCGCGUACCUGGUUAGGAGCUUUCAUGUCUAUCUUAGGAGUUGCUAUGCUGGAAUCCAGUGGAUCUCCUCCCAGUGUUGGAGAUCUGUUGAACUUCUUUAGUGCUGUUUUUUUUGGUGUCCAUAUGCUUAGAACCGAGCAUAUUUCAAGAAGUACAAAUAAAGAAAACUUCUUACCGCUCAUUGGAUAUGAGGUAUCCGUUAUUGCUCUUUUAUCAACAGUGUGGUAUGUCAUUGGAGGCUGUUUUGGCACCACCCAAGUUUGCAUUCCAUCAACUUGGACAUGGACAAUGUUUUGGAACUGGAUGUGUACAUUUCCAUGGAUACCGGUGCUUUACACAGGCAUAUUCUCGACUGGAUUAUGCUUGUGGAUUGAGAUGGCCGCCAUGCAGGAUGUAUCAGCCACAGAAACUGCAAUAAUUUAUGGGAUGGAGCCAGUCUGGGGUGCUGGUUUUGCAUGGUUUCUCCUUGGUGAAAGGUGGGGCACAGCUGGAUGGAUUGGGGCUCCUCUCGUGAUUGUUGGAAGCUUAAUGGUGCAGAUAUUUGGAUCUUCAACUCCUACAAAAUCCAGAAAAGACGAAGAGAGCAGUCAGAAAGGAGAUUAUCCAUCUGUUUCUGAUAAGAAAAAUGAUUUGUCCACGUCUAACGUUCAUGUCAGCCCUAGAAAAGAUGUUCUUGAUAUACCUGAUGAAUUGUAAUUAUUCUCCUUCCUCUUUUUUUUUUUUUAACUACACCACCCUUACCCACCGGGCGCAGUCUCGCCCUAGUUAGUAUGCAAUAAAUGAUUUUAUUGACAGUCAGUCAAAUGUGGCUUUGAGGCUGUCCACCUAUUCAUGUAUAGUUAUGCAUAUCGCAUGAAUGUACGUCUAGUAAUGUAAAAUUGGAAGGGUUUGGUACUAACCGGUUAUCUCUACUACAUUUUUUAGAAAAGAAUUCUCUAAUAUUGGUGGAAGCCCAUGCUUGAUGUUUGAUUAUGAUUUAUAAUUGAUUAAAAUUUCUUUGGUGGAA